AAACCAUUCGCACUUGACUCACCACCGCCUCAGAAAAAUAAACUGACCCAAAAAAUACACACACAAUUCACAGAAAUACACACACAAAUUUCACAAUACACACAACUUCAAUCCCUCUUCACCGCAAACCCUAGAAACCGUCAACCUCGCCGGAACCCUAGCUUUUCCGAUGGAGAUCGAGCCGGAGACGCCGCCCGCUACACCGACUCAUAUCCACAACAAAACCACUACUGAUAUCACUGAUGAGAACGUUCUCAACAAGCAUGAAGACGACGAUGAAGACGAGGACGUCUGCAGAAUCUGCCGGAACGGCGGCGACGCCGCGAAUCCGCUCCGGUAUCCGUGUGCUUGCAGUGGAAGUAUCAAGUUUGUUCAUCAGGACUGUUUGCUUCAGUGGCUUAAUCACAGCAACGCUCGCGGUUGCGAGGUCUGCAAACAUCCUUUCUCAUUCUCCCCAGUUUAUGCUGAAAAUACUCCAGCUAGGCUGCCUGUUCACGAGUUUCUGAUUGGGUUAGCUAUGAAAGCAUGCCAUGCUCUGCAAUUCAUUGUGCGGCUUAGCUUUGUGCUUUCUGUGUGGCUUCUUAUCAUACCGUUUAUAACAUUUUGGAUGUGGCGAUUGGCAUUUGUUAGGAGUUUCACCGAGGCAUAUAAACUUUUUCUAGGCCAUCUCUCUGUCACAGCUGUUCUUACUGAUUGUCUACAUGGGUUCUUACUCUCUGCUAGUAUUGUGUUUAUUUUUCUCGGAAUCACUUCUCUGAGGGAUUACAUCAGACAUCUACGAGAAAUUGGAGGGCAGGAUGGUGACAGAGAGGAUGGGGGAGAUAGAAAUGGUGCCGGUGUUGCUAGAGGACCCCCUAGACAAGCCAACAGGGCUGGUGAUGGUAAUGGUGAAGAUGCUGGUGGAGCACAAGGGGUUGCUGGUGCUGGUCAGUUGAUUAGACGGAAUGCUGAAAAUGUUGCUGCACGGUGGGAGAUGCAGGCAGCCCGCCUUGAGGCUCAUAUGGAACAGAUUUUCGACGGUAUGGAUGAGGCUGAUGGUGCAGAGGACGUGCCUUUUGAUGAGUUAGUCGGCAUGCAAGGGCCUGUCUUUCAUUUGGUAGAAAAUGCAUUCACAGUUCUUGCUAGCAAUAUGAUAUUCAUUGGUGUUGUCGUACUUGUGCCCUUUACUUUGGGAAGGAUUAUUGUCUACUACUUGUCGUGGCUCUUGUUCUCCACUACCACUCCAGUGCUGGCAGCUGUUUUAUCAUUUACAGAAUCAACUGUUUCUCUGGCCAGUGCCGCUAUGUCGAAGGCCUUAAUUGCAGGCACAAAUAUGACAUCCAACAGCCCUGAAACCCUGGUAAACCAAGUUGCAGAUAAAAUGCUAUCGAAUGCAACUGUACUAGCUGACCUGUCAAACAAUGGUCCCUUGACGCUCUCCACUGAUCUCUUGAAAGGAUCAACUCAGGGCCCCUCACGACUUUCUGAUUUCGCAACCCUUGCAGUUGGCUAUAUGUUUAUCUUCUCAUUAGUCUUUUUCUACCUCGGGACGAUUGCGUUAGUACGGUAUGCCAGAGGAGAGCCUUUUACUAUGGGCAGAUUUUAUGGUAUUGCUACAAUUAUUGAGACGGUUCCAUCGUUGUUGAGGCAGUUUUUGGCAGCGAUGAGACAUUUGCUUACUAUGAUUAAAGUUGCAUUCCUUCUUGUAAUUGAACUUGGUGUUUUUCCCCUUAUGUGUGGAUGGUGGCUGGAUGUCUGUACUGUAAGGAUGUUUGGGAAGUCAAUUGCAGAAAGAGUAGAUUUCUUCUCAGUUUCUCCGUUGGGAAGCUCACUUAUUCAUUGGAUUGUAGGGAUUUUCUAUAUGCUACAAAUAAGUGUAUUUGUCAGCCUUCUUCGAGGGGUUUUGCGAAAUGGCGUCCUUUACUUCCUUCGAGAUCCAGCUGAUCCCAAUUAUAAUCCAUUUCGUGAUCUGAUUGAUGAUCCUGUUCACAAGCAUGCUCGUAGAGUGCUUCUAUCUGUUGCUGUUUAUGGUAGUCUUAUUGUAAUGCUUGUUUUCUUACCUGUCAAACUCGCGAUGCGAGUUGCUCCAUCAAUCUUUCCGCUUGAUAUAUCUGUGUCUGACCCAUUUACUGAAAUUCCUGUCGAUAUGCUUCUGUUUCAAAUCUGCAUUCCCUUUGCUAUCGAACAUUUCGAGCUCCGAACGACAAUCAAGUCACUUCUUAGAUAUUGGUUUACCGCUGUAGGCUGGGCACUUGAUCUGACAGUCUUCUUAUUACCUGCACAUGAGGAUAGCAGUGGCCAGGAAAGUGGUUAUGCUGAACCUUUAAGGCAGGAUAGACAGCAACCACAGCGACGUGGACAAGAAGCCUCAGUAGGACUUGUUCCCAAUUCUCUCAACAGAAAUAGGCUAGCAGCUAAUGCUAAUAUUGCAGAAGAGUAUGGAAACAAUGAGCAAUCUAAUAUGGAAAGGUACAGCUUUGUGCUUCGCAUCGUGCUUCUUUUGUUGGCGGCCUGGAUGACUCUUCUUGUUUUCAACUCUGCUUCUGUGGUCUUACCCAUUUCACUUGGACGAGUGCUCUUUAAUGCUGUGCCUGUUACUCCAUUUACCCAUGGAAUCAAGUGUAAUGAUUUGUAUGCGUUUGUCAUCGGUAGCUAUGUCAUUUGCACUGCUGUAGCUGGAGCAAGGUAUACCAACGAGUACGUCAAAACUAGGACAACUGCACAGUUCUUGAAGCAUAUAUGGAAGUGGAGUGGCAUUGUUCUGAAGAGCUCUGCUUUGUUGUCAAUAUGGAUUUUUGUCAUUCCAUUUCUGAUUGGAUUGCUCUUUGAUCUUCUGGUGAUUGUACCAAUGCGGGUACCUUUGGAUGAGAGCCCAAUAUUUCUUUUCUAUCAGGAUUGGGCUUUGGGUCUCAUCUUUCUCAAGAUCUGGACCAGAUUGGUAAUGCUGGACCACAGGUUGCCCCUGGUGGAUGAGAGUUGGAGAUUAAAAUUUGAGAGGGUAAAAGAAAAUGGUUUUACCAGGCUGCAGGGAUUUUGGGUUCUACAGGAGAUUGUGAUCCCGAUUUUAAAGAAUCUGCUGACUGCACUAAGUGUUCCUUACAUAUUAGCCAGAGGAGUGUUUCCGAUUUUUGGGUACCCAUUAAUAAUUAAUUCGGCUGUAUACAGAUUUGCCUGGUUGGGAUGUCUGGUCCUGGGUUUGGUUUGCUUUUGUGCCAAGAGGUUCCAUGUAUGGGUCACCAAUCUCCACAACUCAAUACGUGAUGAUCUUUACUUGAUUGGCCGUAGGCUGCACAACUUUCGAGAAGACAAAGAUGCCAGGCGAAUCGUGUCAGAGGUUAUUUCAGCAAUGCAGAAUGCUAAUGUGGACAGUGAAUCCUUGGUGCAUGAACGUGAAGGUGCUGGAACAGGAUUGAGGCAGCGACCUGUUAAUAGGCCAGAUGCCUGAGCCGGGAUCUGUCAUGAGCUGCUAGUUAAUCGCCUGUGCUACUUGAAAAGUAAUCUGCCCCGCAGAUUUUCGCAUAUACCUACUUAGGGUGGUGUCAGGUGAUCUUAGUUCAAACUUUUUUCUGGGAGUCGUGAUAUGUGAACUAUACAUAGUUGUCACAGUAGAGGAUGUAUGAAUGUAAACUCAGGUCUAUCAGUAGAGGAUGUAUAAACUGUAAACUAACAAAGUUGUAGGAAAAUGCAUGUAAAUUAUAAAAUCGACUUAGGAUUUACUGGGAUUUACCAGCUUC